AUGAAAGCGCUGAGAACACUGACCUUGAUUCGAGCUUUAUCUUCAAAACCUGGGAAUACCCACUUCAAUUCUGCUCUUUUAAGCCGCUUCUACUCAGCUCAACCUCAGCACGAUGAAUCCCCAGUUACAGCUAUUACAGAUGAAUACGAUGACGCGUCAUCAGUAUUUGACAGUUCUCAUUAUGAUUUAGACGUGAAUUUGAACAGGAGUAAUAGUAAUGACGAUUCUGGGUCCGAAAGAAAGUCCACGUGGGAUGAUAAGUACAGGGAUAAUGUGAGAAGUAAAGUGUUUGGGGAAGAUGUGAAGCAUUUGAGAAUGUUAAAGAGAGAAGAGGAGAAGAGGAAGAGAGCUGCCAUACUCGCCAAGUCACUGCUCGAGGCCAAAUUGGAGCUGCCAGAUGAGAAGGAGGAAGCGGAUCCGAGGGAGGUGAAGGAGGAAGAUCAGAAGUCAUUAGCUGUUGGUAUUAUUGGGGCUCCAAAUGCUGGAAAAUCUGCUCUCACUAAUUGCAUUGUGGGGACUAAGGUUUCUGCUGUUUCUCGGAAGACACAUACGACUACUCAUGAGGUGUUGGGAGUUAUGACAAGAGGAAAUACCCAAAUUUGUUUCUUUGAUACUCCGGGACUUAUGUUAAAGAAAAAUGGAUUUCCUUGCAAUGACAUCAAAGUCCGCAAUGAAAGUGCAUGGAGUUCUGUGAACUUAUACGAUACACUCAUAGUUAUAUUUGAUGUUCAUAGACACCUUACCAGGCCUGAUUCAAGAGUGGUGAGAUUGAUUGAAAGAAUGGGCUCAAUUUGCAACGAAAAACAGAAGCGAGUUCUAUGCAUGAAUAAGGUUGACUUGGUUGAAAAGAAGAAAGAUCUACUAAAGGUUGCUGAGCAAUUCAAAGACCUUCCUGGAUAUGAACGGUGCUUCAUGCUCUCAGGACUGAAGGUUACAGCAGCCGGCAAACCGCACCUACAUUGCUGGUCCGAAGUUCCAUCAACCGCCUGA